AUGGAGGAGAGAGAACUUGAGCAACAUGAAGAACAUGAACACGAACAACAUGAAGAACGUGAACACGAACAACAUGAAGAACGUGAACACGAACAACAUGAAGAACGGAAGUUUACAGAAAAGGUUGUCGAAAUAUGCAAGACCAGACCGGUAAUGGUGGCUUUGUCCUUGAUGUUUGUUACAUUUUGGUUUUGGCUUGCAGCCAUGGUUUCUCCUGGGUGGUUUAUCUUAAGAUGGGAGGAAACAAAAACAUCGGACAUUGACGAGUAUGACUACUCUCAAUCGAACACAGAUUUCCUUUCUCGCACUGAAACGAUAAAAUACUCUAUAGAGAUGAGCAUAUUUUACCUGAAAGUGUGUGAAUCUGGAAAAUGUGUCAAAAUGAAUUAUAAAGAGUUCAAAAGAUUGUCUAAGGACGCAAUAGACAGUCUACCUGGACUGACUGAAAUUCAAGGUGAAAGCAUUUCGGCUUUAUGUCUUUGUGUUUUGGGGUUCCUUUGCCUUCUUUUAAACUUUGGAAAAUCCUCAAGAGUUGUAACUGGAGGAAGUUUCAUAAGUUUGGCUGUUGUACUGGAGUCAAUCCUGGUUAUCCGGAUGAUCGUAGCAAACACAGACGCGAAGGAUGAUAUAGUGGAUUUUGACCUCGAGCUCGAUGUCCCUUAUUCCGUGAUUCUUGCCUGCUUUGGGAUUAUAUUCAGUCUCCUUGCGCUAUGCUUCUGUAGAGCGUUGUACUUAAAAUUGGGACAUGAGACCGCCGACGGACGGGUGACGAAUUUGUUUCCGAUCUCCUUUCCUAUCAAAUUUACACUUUUAAGAUUAGAUGUCUAAUUUGAAAAAUUCUAUUACGCAUGCAUCAUUGUUUAUUUACUGUAUAUGGAUUUUUAAAAUUAAGAAUAAUGCACAUAAAUAAAUAUGUUAUGAUAAUUUUCAAUUUAGUAGAUGUUUUA